UUGUGAUAUUUCCUGAUUUUUUUUUUCAUUCAGAUAACUGUAGAUUGGAUACAUGGCUCACGUAAAUGAAUCGGUGGUGUCUGAGUUUAUACUUUUGGGACUUUCUAAUUCUCGAGAACUUCAGCUUUUCUUUUUUGCUAUCUUCUCUGUAGUCUAUGUGACAUCAGUGCUAGGCAAUGUCAUAAUUAUUGUCAUCAUUUCCUCUGACUCCCAUUUGAACUCUCCUAUGUACUUCUUGCUCAGUAACCUUUCUUUCAUUGACAUCUGCCAGUCUAACUUUGCCACCCCCAAGAUGCUCACGGACUUUUUUUUUGAGCGUAAGACUAUCUCCUUUGAGGGUUGCAUGGCUCAGAUAUUUCUUCUUCAUAGUUUUGUUGGAAGUGAGAUGAUGCUGCUUGUAGCUAUGGCAUAUGACAGAUUUAUAGCCAUCUGUAAGCCCCUGCAUUAUAGUACAAUUAUGAACCGGAGGCUAUGUAUGAUUUUUGUAUCUAUUUCCUGGGCUGUGGGUAUUCUUCAUUCUGUUAGCCACUUGGCUUUUACAGUGGAUCUGCCAUUCUGUGGUCCCAAUGAGGUAGAUAGCUUCUUCUGUGACCUUCCCCUGGUGAUAGAGCUGGCAUGUGUAGACACAUAUGAAAUGGAAAUUAUGAUCCUAACUAACAGUGGCCUGAUAUCAUUGAGCUGUUUUCUGGCUUUAAUUAUUUCUUACACCGUCAUUUUGAUCACCGUCAGGCGCAAGUCUUCCAGUGGGUCAUCCAAGGCACUUUCUACAUUAACUGCCCACAUCACAGUGGUGAUUCUUUUCUUUGGGCCUUGCAUUUAUUUCUACAUAUGGCCUUUUAGCAGAUUUUCUGUGGAUAAGUUCCUUUCUGUCUUUUACACUGUUUGUACACCUCUGUUGAACCCCAUCAUCUACUCCCUGAGGAAUGAAGAUGUUAAAUUAGCCAUGCAGAGAUUGAGAAAUCAUCUUGCAAACUCCUGGAAAAACUAGGAAUCACCAUGAAGGACCGUAAUCCUGAGUUAGAAUGAAAAUCUUCCAAUGGAUCACAGUAUCAUGCCAAUCAU